AUGCUGUUGCUCCUUUGGUCGUUGCUGUCCUUCCUUCUCGUCCUUGACCUGUCCGUCCUGGCCGAUUUCGACUAUUUCGAAGACGAUGAUCUGACAUCGUUUGUCACGAGGCCUGAAAUUAAGGCUCCUAAAUUCGACGUUGUUGUGCACGAUCCGGCUCUCGUCACUCCCGGAUACUGGUUCGUCGCCCCGUAUGCGAAUAUCGAGCCUGAUCCUCCGACCAAGAAGUAUAUGCCCUGUCAGAUUGGGCCGCAUAUCUAUGAUGCUGAUGGGAAUCUGGUCUGGGCGGGAUCCUGUGACUACAAGAAUCAAAACAUCUUCGACUUCAAGGUUGUCAACAAUAUCGACGACAAGACCCACUUGUCAUUCGUUGUCGAACACGCUUUCCAAAACGAAGGGGAUCGCCGGGGUGGAGGCCACCUCCUGAACAGUCAUUACGAGUACGAAAAUGAGGUCCCCGUCACCAACGACCUGGGGGCAUUCGAUAUUCAUGAGUUCAAGAUCCUCGACGGCGGCAAGACGGCCCUCGUGACUGUAUACAGGCCCGAAGUUCUCAAUCUAAGCGGUAUCAACCUACCUACGGAGCAGGGCUGGGUCAUGACGGGUGGCUUCGAAGAACUCGAUGUCGCAACUGGCCGCGUCCUCUUUGAGUGGAGGUCGUUCCCACAGAUUCCGCUGGAGGAGAGUACUACUCCUUUCCCCGACAUUCCGAGUAUGUAUCCUCCCGGCUGGGACUACCUCCAUGUCAACUCAGUGGACAAAAAUGCGGAUGGGGACUACCUGCUGUCGGCUCGAUUCACAGACACCAUUUACCUGAUCUCCGGGCAGGACGGGCAUAUUAUCUGGCGACUGGGGGGCCGUAAGUCGGAUUUCGUGCUCGAAAACUUCCGCUUUUCCCGACAGCAUCACGCCCGCUUUCUGGAGUCCAACAGCACUCACAUCACCAUUUCCUUUCUCAAUAACGCAUCCGAUGAGGAAUCCCAGAAUGAGCCCCAGUCGUCUGCGCUCAUUGUUAUCUUGGAUAUCGCCGCGUCUCCAAUGACAGCCACUGCUAUCAAGCGCUAUAGUCGUCCCGAUGGUGGCCUAAGCCGGCUACGCGGCAAUGCGCAACUAUUGCCCAAUGGCAACAUGUUUGUUGGCUGGAGUGAGCAGGGUUAUCACAGCGAGUUUACCCCCGAUGGCACCUGUGUGAUGGAGGCGCGGUUCAUCUCCGACCGCUUUUCCACCUAUCGAGCCUACAAGUUCGAUUUCCACGGCCGCCCACAGACUCCUCCGGACCUCAAGGCAUUCGUUUACGGGUCUCCAUCGUCCAGCCCCACGACCGUCUUCUACGUGAGCUGGAACGGCGCGACGGACGUGGCGUCAUGGAAUUUCUACGCACGAGCGACCGCGGACGGUCAGUCUGUGCUUAUCGGCAAUGCGCCCAAGACUGGCUUCGAGACGAUGUUCGUCUCGGACGGCUACAUGGAUUGGGUUUCGGCGGAGGCUCUCGACGCGGACGAUACUCCCCUGGGUAUAUCAGAAAUACACAGGACCAUAGUCCCGAACGACUGGCUCGCGGCGGGAUUUGGCUUGGAUGAGAAUCGCCCCGUGCCGCAGGAUCCGGAGACCGUCGUCGGUGGGAACGACGACGAUGCUCCUUCGGAGAUGGAACAUGGAGAUGAACAUGCAGAUGAGCAUGCAGCAGCCACAGGAGCAGACGCGACUCUGGCGCAUGAAUUCCUGGGCGGAAUCGGCGGACUGCUGGUCCUGAUCCUCGUCAUGACCUCCAUCGGAUUGCUCGCAGGCGCUUCGAUCUGUGCGCUCCGAGGACGAAGGCAUCGCCGCCGCCAGGCUCGCUAUCAUGAGAAGAUCCUUUCCGAGGAGGCCGAGACUGAAGCCACUCCCUUGACAGCGGCACAACCUACGAGGUCGGAUAAUACAAAUCCGGCUCGUUGA